AUGGAGCGUCAGACGGGCGGUGACAGUCACGUCUCCGUGACCCGUUUGGAGGAUCAAAGCAUCACCUUUAGUUUGAAAGGUGUUGACGUGAGUCUUGCGAAUGCACUCAGGCGUGUGAUGAUCGCGGAUGUCCCGACUUUAGCCAUUGAUUUAGUCGAGGUUGUUGAGAAUUCGUCCGUAUUGUGUGAUGAGUUCUUGGCCCACCGUUUAGGCUUGAUCCCACUUAGUAGCAAAAAGGUGUCCGAGCUUUUCAAACCGUACGAAUACAUGGGCGAAGACGAUUCUGCUACUGAUGUGCAUUUAGAGCUAAAUGUGCGCUGUCUAACUGAGCAAGCAAUGGAUGUCACCAGUGAGGACAUGGUAUCGUACGACGAACGAGUCAAACCUAUCACCUUCCAAGGCACUGUUAGUGACGCUGCAAAACCUGGUGGGAUCUUGAUCGUCAAGCUACGUAACAAACAACAGUUAUUGUUGAAAUGUAUUGCGCGAAAAGGUACCGGCAAAGAUCACGCAAAAUGGUCGCCGGUAGCUACGGCGGUAUUCAAACACGAUCCAGUUGUCCAUGUAAACCAAGAACUCCUGAAGACUCUAAGUGGUUCGGAUAAACGAGCUAUCGUAGAAAGCGAUCCUUCACAGAUGUUCAAGUACGAUGCAGAUCUAGACACCAUAUCUUUGACUUCAACAGGGAGCUGUACUUUUGACGGGGAGAUUGUGAAAAAGGUGAAUGAAAUGGGCAAGCACGGCUUGAUUGAUAUACGACCGUGUUUCGACAGUUUUACAUUCCACGUUGAGUCAACUGGCGUGCUUGAUGCGGAGGAAAUUGUUCUGCAAGCUGUGCACAUUUUGCAGACGAAGUUGGACACAGUUGGGGGCGAACUUGACAUGAUAGAAAGCGAAAAUUUUUAG